AUAAUUUGGUUAGCACAAACAUUUGCUGCAAAAUUGCUUACAUUUUCUCUUUAUGCUUCGUCUUCAUAUUCUUUGUUAAUUUUUCAAAGAAAAUAACAUGGCGCCGAAAUUACAAACGUCAGCCAGUAAAUUACUUUUUUAUUUUGCUUCAUCUUGUCAGAUCUUGUGUAGUUGGAUCAUGAUAAACUCCCAUAAAAUCGAUUUUAUGGCUCAAUGAGAACGUAAUAUUAUGGGCGAACUAUCGAUGUUUCGCAAACAUCGAUGCAUCUUUUAUUUCCAAACUGCAUGUAAUGGCAAUAUAUUCGCAAUUUGCUUGAUUUGUUACAUUUCUAAUGUUUAGUUGAAAGUAUAAAGGUAAAAUAUUAAAAGAUGUUGAAGCAGCAUGUUCUGGUGGAGUUAAAGCAAUUCGUUCAGGCAGUAACGAGUCAUCGGGGCAAUCAAAAGAAGCUCACAAACACCUCACUGCUGCGCAGCAGUUUUCAUCUGCUCGAGGACUUGCCGGCAGCUCGCGAAAUUAUAUUCGAGUAUUUCUCGUUAGUAGCAGAAGUGGCCGUGCAAAAUUAUGUAGCCAAUGCGAAUGUGGACUACGCCACUGGAUUGCCAAUAAGGCAAGGCAAACAAGGUGGGGGUGGAUCCAGCUCAACAAGUAAUGUUCCCACUCAGCCGACGGUCAUUGAGGAUAGUAGCUGGUCAGCAGUGCAAGAGGCCUUGGAAAAUUUGGUUGUCAAAGGUCCUUCAGCUUGGGGUCCAGUAAUUGCUUCGUGGAGUCUCGAUUUGGUGGGGAAAUUAUCAGACAAAUAUACGAAAAGGAAAAUGUCCAUUGUAGCGGCUUGCAAUUAUUGGCUGAACUGCGGCGCAAUGCGUGGUCUACUUACAUUAAUUAGUUUAAGUUUCCGUAAACUUAGCAAUACCGAAAAAGAGUCAUGCGUAGAGACUCUCCUAGCUGCCUUUCAGCGCUACUCACUUAGUUUUGACUGGGUAGUAGCGCGCCUUGGUGGCUGCUUUCCCCUAAGCAUUAUAUCGCAAAUAUUGCAGUGUAGCCUAAAACGGUUCGCUGAAGAUUAUCGUUGCCGCUUUGAUUCUGAGUUGGGCAUCUUGGACUAUUUAUCCUUUGCCCACGAGCAAGAGUUAAAGCAAGCUUUGACGGAUCUCCUAAAAGAUGGCUUUAAUCCAAAGAAAACUUUGGAUGCAUGUAUAAUACCAUUUCUAUUGGUUAUGGCAACUUUUGCGGAUGCUUUGUUGCAGAACCUAGUUGUUGUAUUUCUCGAAAUGUAUAACGAUGAUCUACGCCAAACUAUAAUACAAAAGUCACCCCUUUGGAUGAGCAACAAGAUGUUUGCGGAAAUGCAGCCUUCACUUAAUAGUUUGGCUUUGCGUUUGAAGUCGAAUGGUGCACAAGUGCUCAUUGCUGUAUCACAAAUGGCUGAACAAUUUGCUUGGUGCCAAGAUUUUCUAGAAUACACAAUGCAGGACUUAGAGCAAGUUGUUCUAAAUGCUACGGUGUGCCCGCUAAUGAAUGAUUUGGCUACCGAAGAGUCGAAAUAUUUACUCUGGAAGAGUUGCUUAAACGCUAACAUUUUUCAACAGCAAACGGCAGUGCGAUUACUAUUGAUUGUUUCCACACAACAUUCACACAUUUACUACCAGACAAUCUCGGAGCUAUUACGAAAAUCCUAUUUGGCCAAUCCUAAUGGCUUGGGUGCGAUAAUUCGUAUUAUCGGUGGACAAAGUGGCGUGGUGGAAUUUCCAAGCAUUAAACCCGGACUGCAAAUGGUGCUGGAAGCUGUGUUGCUCCAGGAACAAUUUAAACACACACGUUUGGCAAAUGAAAAUCAAUCAGAAGCACUGAACACAUUCAAAAACCUCAAUAUGCUAACCAAAAUGCAAAAAAGGCAUACAUUCCAGUAUAUGAAGCAAAGCUUGCUGCCUAAUGUGCUCAACGAUUGCCUACCAAAAAUUUUACAAAUUCUAGAGGUUACUGUAACUAAAGUCAUCCUACGUAUGAAUAAAUUAGAAGAAGAGGUAGGACAAAAUAGCAAUAAACAAAAUAACGAGUUUAAUAGUGAAAGAAAAAAGAAAAAAACCAUUGCUGCGGAUGUCGGCGCGGAAGCAAUGGAUGUAGACAAUGCCGAAAAUGAUACGAAAGUUAUAAUCGGAAUACCACUUUUCGAUACCGACGAUGGCGAAGAAGAAGAAACGGAUACAAAGCGGCGCAUUUUAGCGCAUACCAUCAUCGAUUUGCUCAAUACAAUUGAAGCUGGAUUAAAAGGCACAGUUAUGCGUACCACAGAGGUGUUGAAACUGUCAAUAUUAAGCGUUAGAUAUUUCUUUUUGGCACUCACUGAGAAAAGCCAUAUAUCCCGCUCGGCAGCAGUGAACCGAGCCUACUUGUUGCUAGCCCGCCAAUGUUCUGCACGGAAAGCUGCACGCAGCGCUUGCAUACGCGAGUUAGUUGAAGGAGCACUCUUCUAUUAUGGCUACCUAUUUGGUCAAUACGAAGAGCCAGAGGCGAACCAACUUGAUAUACCCGAACAUGAAAUGGUAUUGCUUCAAAAUCAACGUCACAGCUUAGGUCCAAAUGCCAAUCGUACAGUUUUGCAUGCCGGAGUUAUUGGUCGAGGAUUGCGCUCUGAUUGCAUAGCAAAAGAUCAGAAAGGUUGCCCAGCUGAAACACAAACGCUGCUACUCAAAGCGCUGGAUGCUUGUUGCACAGUAGCGGACAAACAAAAUUCUGUUGAAGGUUAUUCGAUGAUAUCACUAAUGCUUGUCGAAAUGGUCUCAACGGAUGUUAUGUACAAUGGCCUGCCGUUCCCCGAUGAAGAAUUCACGAAAGUGACAAUGGAGCGCGAUUUAAUGAUAAGACGUGCCUUUAGCACAUCCCCUGUGCUAUGGGCAUUGCUGGGCUUCAUAGCAGCACAUCGGCCGGCGCUAUGCUUCUCGUCGGUACUCUUGCGUGCAAUGUGCGCCACUUGCUUGCACCAAUGGCGCGCCAAAAAUGUUAACAAAUUCCAGCCAUUCGAUCCCAAUGACGAACUAAUGCAUUGCACUAAGAAACUGUUGCAAUUGUUGGCGAUGGGACAGUUGCUACCGCCACCGCUUUCCAAUUUGCAUGUAAUAAUUAAACAUUUUGAACCACCGGAGAUUGCUUUGCUGCUAAAAGAGUGUGUUUGGAACUACCUUAAAGAUCACGUUCCCUCACCAGCGCUGUUUCAUGUUGAUAACAAUGAUUUGCAUUGGCGCAACCCGCAUAUGUCGAGGACUCCUCCACAAUAUGUGGACACGUUACGCAAUUUAAUGCAGAAAAAACUAACUAAACUUGGACAGCAUUAUUACCAAAUGUUCAUUAUGCCCGAAUUGAAUGAUUCGGAUACUACUCAAGCCAACUUAGCGGAAUCAGCAAUGAGUAAAGGAGAGGUAGAAAUUAUUAAGGCGUGAUUGAAUAUUCUGCUUGUUAUUCAAAAUACAGCUUUAAAAGUAAUUUUAUCGGGACAAUCCCAAAUCAAGCGAAAAACUUCACUUUUCAUUUACAACAAUUUAUUUAUUUAUAUUUUUCAAGUGUUAAAAAUGUGGAAAAAAAAUUAUUUUUCCUGUCUAGGCAUUUGGUUUACACCAUUCACAUAAUCCAUAAUAAAUAAGAUUUUUAAUUUUUCAGUUAAAACAAAAA